AUAAUAUACUUUGGUAGUUUGGUGUGGCCGUGCACCUAUCCUACGCAGUGUCUUUCUGCAGUUCUGCAACCAUUCUUUCGUUUUUUGUCCGUCAAUCAGGUACGUCCUUGACGCUGCCAGGCCGCUUACUUGCCGAUACGAUUAAUUUUGUUUUCGUAAAUUUUCAAAAAAGCGCGUUCCUACUAACUUACCACCACUCGCCGAAUUUUUAAACUUCGAACGGUAUCGCGACCUGCAGACCGCAGUUGUGUACAGCAUACGAUUAAAACCCUCUCCGUCAGCGAUCCCUCCGAAUCGGAUUCACAUCGCCAUCCCUUGCAUCCUCGUAUAAACAAGAUGAGUCUCCAGUGGACAAUUAUCGCGACGUUCCUGUACUUCGAAGUGGGCGUGCUGAUGCUGUUCCUGGUGCCGUACAUGUCGGCCAAACGCUGGAACAGUCUGUUCCGGUCCCGGUUCUAUCAGGCGUUGAGCGCCCAGGCCCAGUGGUACUUCACGUUCUUGCUGUUCGUUCUCGUCCUGUUCCUGUUGGACUCUGUUCGCGAAAUGCGUAAAUACUCCAACCCUGAGCUAAGCGACGCGCAUCAACACUUGGACCACGAAAUGCAGGCAAACAUGCGACUGUUCCGUGCCCAGCGCAACUUCUAUAUUAGUGGAAUCGCCUUAUUCCUCAGCUUUGUCAUCAAACGUUUCAUAGCCCUGGUCACCCUGCAAGCGUCAUUGGUGGCCCAAAGCGAGGCAUCGCUAAAACAGGCUCAGAGCGCCAGCGCCGCGGCCAAGUCUUUGAUGACACAAGACAAAGGGGACGGCGAGUCUGAAGCGUUGACUGAACUGAGAAAAGAACUGGAAUUGAUCAAGGCCGAUCGCGACGCGAUCAAAAGUCAAGCUGAAUCUGUAUCUAAAGAAUAUGACAGGCUAAUGACAGAACAUGAAAAACUUCAGAAGACUGUUGGCAACGAAUCAAAGAAGGAUGAUUAAUCUUAAUUUAUUAAACUAUUAGGCAUAAGUCUGAAGUACUUUAAACAUAAUGCAUUUCUGAAUUUAAACUUCAAACCAUUUGUUCUUUUGUUGUGGUGUUUUUCUCUUUUUUUUAUGACCUAGUAAACUAACAUUACUACAAUAGAAUUAUUUAUUGUACAUCUCAUAAUUAAUCAAUGUUGGUAUUUUAAUUCAUGUAAAAAAUAUUUAGAGACUUAAUAAAUUAAUUAUUUUGUUUAUUUAUACUACUAAAAUAUUUAUUUUACGAAUUAAAAAUGGGUUUCCUUCACA